ACGUGAAGAUGGCGCCUGAGCGGCUGCGGAGUAAAGUUAUCUCCGCUUUUAAACUGCGGGGUCUCCUGCUCCGGGGUGAGGCUACUACUUACCUUACUGGUGCACUUCAGUCCAUCAAUGAACUGGAGCUUGAAGAUGCAUUGGAAAGUGUCAUUGAUGCUGUUGAAAAACAGCCUUUGUCAUCUAAUAUGAUUGAACGGUCCGUUGUGGAAAUAGCAGUCCAAGAAUGCAGUCAAUCAGUAGAUGAAGCUAUAGAACAUAUUUUCAAUAUAAUUGGAGCUUAUGAUAUUCCACGCUUUGUAUACAGUUCAGAAAGGAAAAAAUUUCUACCUCUGUCAAUGACUAAUCAUCCUUCACCAAAUCUAUUUGGAACUGCGAGAGACAAAGCAGAAGUCUUUCGUGAACGUUAUACGAUUUUACAGCAGAGAACCCACAGACAUGAGCUGUUUACACCUCCGGUGAUCGGUGCUCACCCUGAUGAAAGCAGAAGCAAGUUUCAGCUUAAAACAAUAGAAACUCUUCUGGGAAGCACUGCAAAAAUUGGCGAACUGAUUGUUCUUGGGAUGAUAACCCAGCUGAAAGAGGGAAAAUUUUUCUUGGAAGAUCCUACAGGAGCUGUACAGCUGGAUCUUAGUAAAGCUCAGUUCCAUAGUGGUCUAUAUACAGAUUCGUGUUAUGUCUUAGCAGAAGGUUGGUUUGAAGAUCAAGUGUUUCAUGUAAAUGCCUUUGGAUUUCCACCUACCGAACCUUCCAGUACUACUAGGGCAUACUAUGGAAAUACAAACUUCUUUGGAGGCCCGUCUUCAACGUCUGUGAAAACUUCUGCCAAAUUGAAACAGUUGGAAGAUGAGAAUGAAGAUGCCAUGUUUGUAUUUUUGUCUGAUGUCUGGUUAGACCAGGUAGAAGUUUUGGAAAAGCUUCAUACUAUGUUUUCUGGUUAUUCUUCCAUACCUCCAACCUGCUUUAUCUUUUGUGGAAAUUUCUCUUCUGCGCCAUAUGGAAAAAAUCAAGUUCAAGCACUAAAAGAUUCCCUGAAGGCUCUUGCGGACAUAAUAUGUGAAUACCCAAGUAUUCACAAAAGUAGUCGUUUUGUCUUUGUACCUGGUCCAGAAGAUCCUGGGCCUGGUUUCAUUUUACCAAGGCCACCACUUGCUGAAAAUAUCAUUAAUGAAUUCAAACAGCGGGUGCCUUUUUCAGUUUUCACUACUAAUCCUUGCAGAAUUCAAUAUUGCACACAAGAAAUCAUUGUUUUUCGUGAAGAUUUGGUGAAUAAGAUGUGCAGAAAUUGUGUCCGUUUUCCUAGUAGCAAUUUGGAUAUUCCCAACCAUUUUGUAAAGACCAUACUAUCGCAAGGACAUCUGACUCCUCUGCCACUUUAUGUCAGUCCAGUAUACUGGGCAUAUGACUAUACUAUGAGAGUGUAUCCUGUACCUGACCUACUUGUCAUUGCAGACAAAUACGAUCCUUUUACCGUGACUAAUACAGAGUGCCUUUGCGUAAACCCUGGAUCUUUUCCAAGGAGUGGAUUUUCAUUCAAGGUUUUCUAUCCUUCUAACAAGACAGUAGAGGAUAGCAAACUUCAAGGUUUUUGAGUUGGUCAGAGAUUGAAAGAACCCACCAUCAUCAGUUGUCCCAACUUAAUUCCAGAGUGCUUUUACUGUCAUUUUGUAAAAUUUAUA